AUGGUAAUAAACUUAAAAGGCAUAGUUGACUCUUUAAAAAAUAUAAUUGGAAUAGAAGAAGAAAGACAAAGCGAAUCAAACAAUCAUGAACAAUCAAUCACUGCACCAAAUGAAAAUCUAGAGUUGAUCAUGAUAGAAAAACAAGAUUCAUCUCCUACAAUAGCAUUAGAUGAAAACAAAGAAGACAGUUAUUUACCUUUGAUCAAUAAUGAUGAUGGGUUUGAUGGCACAUUUGUACUUGAACCUUUGUUUGCAUCAUCAUUGGCCAAACCAACUUCUAUUCUAUCAACAUUGGAAAAACCAACAUCCUUUGGUAAUAUUCCUAUCACAAUACCUGUUCAAUAUGAAAUCAAUAAAGAAGAUGAUAUUAUAAGUAGAAAUGUAAUUAAUGAAGUAUUAGUAGAAGAAGAGAUGGAGGAAUAUGAGGAGGAAAUUUUUACCACUAAACAUUUAUCAGAUCCUAAUGAAAGGAAAAGAACAAUUUAUUCAACAAAUAACAAUCAAGAAGAAAAAACAAGAAAGUGUCACACAUCAAAUGUUAAUAAAAUUGAAGAUGGCAAUGUUGUAAGAAAAGCAAAGAAAAGGAGUUAUUCAAAACUUGGAAAUCCUACAGUUGAAAUUAUUCAGAACCAGUUGAGUUUACAUGAAUUCUUUAAUCAAAAAUCAACACAAAUGAAAAAAGUAAAGGAUGAUUUAUUAGAAAAAUUGGAAGGAUUGCAUAGUUUUCUUUCUAAUAUUGAAUUUUUAAGAGAAUCUGUUGCACUAGGAGAUAAUGAAAUUUCAGGACUUAUUAUCAGCAUUACAUCUUGUACUGGUGAUUUAAUAUCAAACCAUAGUAGUGAAGAAGGUGCUUUUAGCAUUAUAAAAAGAUAUAAUAAGUUAUUGGAAACUUGCCAAGAAAUAUUGGAAAAAGAAUGCUAA